AAAUUUAAAACAAAAACGCAAAAAUCCACUCUUUAUUUCUCAACCCCCAAACGUGCUUAUCAUUUUUUCAACCAAAAAAUCUUUCAUUAGCCAUCAAUCUCUUUCUUCCCCACUAAAAUAAUAACAACGAUAAUCACUUCAAUUUUAUUUUAUUUAAAUAAAACGAAAAUAAAAGAAAAAGAAAAAGAAAAAGAAAUUCCCUUUCAUCGCCGCCGGGAAAAUUCUCAGUUUCCCGGGAAAAUCAUGGUUUCCCCGGAAAACACCAAUUGGCUUUUUGAUUACGCUUUGAUGGACGAUAUUCCCGUCCCUGAUGGCUCCUUCAACUUCACGUGGCCCCCACCGGACCCUUCCAAUGUUGGUGUUGAAAUUGAUGGCUCUCUGGGGGAUUCUGAUGGUAUCAAAGAUCCUGGUUCGAAGAAGAGGGGUAGAUCGGAUUCAUGUGCUCCUUCCAGCUCUAAGGCGUGUCGAGAGAAGUUGCGGAGGGAUAGGCUGAAUGACAAGUUUGUUGAAUUAGGCUCAAUCUUGGAGCCUGGAAGGCCUCCCAAAACAGACAAAGCUGCAAUUCUGAUUGACGCUGUCCGAAUGGUGACACAAUUGCGAGGUGAAGCUCAGAAGUUGAAAGCCUCAAAUUCAAGUCUUCAAGAGAAGAUUAAAGAGUUAAAGGUCGAGAAGAAUGAACUCCGUGAUGAGAAACAGAGGCUUAAGGCCGAUAAAGAGAAGUUGGAGCAGCAGGUGAAAUCAAUGAAUACCCAACCUGGUUUCUUGACACCCCCUCCUGCAAUCCCUGCUGCAUUUGCUCCACAAGGCCAAGCCCCUAGCAACAAGUUAAUGCCUUUCAUUAGUUACCCUGGAGUUGCAAUGUGGCAAUUUGUGCCACCGGCAACCAUGGAUAUCUCACAGGAUCAUGAACUCCGCCCACCAGUUGCCUAAGUUGGCACUGACUGUACAAUUUUUUGGGAUUCUAUUAUGGCCUAAAAGUUGUAUUCCUUCCCCAUAUGCUCUUGCCUUUUAGUUAUUUAUCAUGUAUUCUAACUGGUAUUUGCUAUUAUGAAGUCUGAUACUAUUAUUAUGAAGCAAUGCUGAUAUUUGCUUGUAAAUGUUAAUAACCUUGUCUGGUUGUCUUCUCUCA